ACUUCCCCUAAUUCCCACCCAACAAUGAAAAAGCAGCAGCAGCAAGCAGCAGAGGAGAGAGGGGCACUCGGGACUGAGACUGAGACUCCUCAACAGAACAGUUAGUCCCCGCCACCGGCACCAACUGAAAAACAAAAAAGAAAAAAUAUAUAAAAGCUUCAGAAAAAAGAAGCUUCUAGAUCCUUCUCAUCCAUGGCGGACACCGCGAGAUCCACGGGCACAGUCAAGUGGUUCAGCGCGCAGAAGGGGUUCGGCUUCAUCGCCCCCGACGACGGCACCGAAGAUCUCUUCGUCCACCAGACCUCGAUCCAAUCCGACGGCUUCCGGACCCUCUCGGAGGGCCAGCCCGUCGACUUCCUCGUCGAAUUAGGCGAAGACGGACGCACCAAAGCCGUCGACGUCGUCGCCUCUAUCGCCCGAUCCCGAGGUCCCGGCUUUGACCAUGGCCGUGGACGCGGCCGUUUUGGCGGGAGGGGUGGCGGUUAUGGCGGGAGAGGGGUAGGCAAUGGAGGCGGCGGGCGUGGUGGUUAUGGAAGGUUCGGUGGAGGGUAUGAUGUCGGGAGAGGCGGCGGGAGGGGUGGCGGUUAUAGUGGUGGUUACGGUGGUGGUCGCGGCGGUGGCGAGUGCUACAAUUGCGGCGGAUUUGGGCAUUUGGCUAGGGACUGUAUUCAGGACGGCGGCGGCGGUGGCGGUGUUGGAAGAUUUGGUGGCGGUGGUCGAGGAUACGGUAGCCGUGGAGGCGGUGGUGGCCGUGGGUGUUAUAAUUGCGGAGGGGAAGGGCAUUUGGCAAGGGAAUGUCCUAAUGACCAGAAGUGAGAAUUUGGGUCAUGUUCUGUCGGGUGGCUUGGCUUUGGAUGUGGGUGUAUAGGUCUCUGUGGUUUCCCACGCUUUUGGGUGCUUGCUUGGUGAUUGCUCUUGGCGUAUGAAGAAAGGAGGGCUCUUGUUUGUCACCAAUGUGUUCUUAAUUUGGGUAAUUUUUUGUUCGUUUUUGCAUGAUUUGGUGGUAUGUGGGUGAUUGUUUUUGCAUAUAUUAGAUGGUAGUUUUCUCGUUCUAAUUCAUUGUUUCUCCUCAUUUUUCAUACCUAUUCUUCUUGUUGUUCAAUAUGAAAUCAAUGAUCAUGUUUUGGUGUCAUUUGCCACUUCCCUUUAAGUUUAAUUAUUUUUCAUUCUUCUUGCCCUGUUUAGAGAUGUAUUAUGUUUUUGGUUCUAUAAAGAUUUGAUGACUUUUGAGUAUCUAUAGUUUGACACCAAAAUACCGAUUUGAUCUUUGUUCCUUCCUUCCUUGUGGGUAUCUCUGAGCAACAAAAAGAUGGUCCUUCCUUUUGAAAGGGACAUUCACCUGUUUUGCACUUCUCAUUUUUUCUGGUUUCAGUUGUGGAUAUAGUAUUUUGUCCUUUGCAAUCUUUAUAUUGCUGUGGAUCUUUCUUUUUUUUUCUGGUUGCUUUGCUGCUUAAAUUACAUCUUGAGUUAUCGUCAACUUAAUGGCAGCAACAUGCUCAUCAAGUCAAGUCAUCUUAUCCACUUCCCUGAAAAGAACAAGAACCAUGUCAUACACCCUAUCCUAGUUGAUAAUCAAUGAGAGGUUGAUAUUUCACAGGUCAAGAUUGCAUUUCCCCCUUUCGGCAUGAUCAACAUCUUUUCGAAAUGUCUUUGUCGUGCGUCACUUGUUUCUAAGCUCAAUCGUUCUUCACAGUCUUGAUCUUCCAUGUGGUGCCCUCUUUAUCUCCCACUAUUGAUUUUUGUAGAAGGGAACAAAGAUGCAUCCCCAUGUGUUUAUAUCUAUGAAAGUAGAGUGCAUAAGUGAGAGGUUAUUUGUUUCAUUUGUCAAAAACAAUUGCUUUAGGUAA